UACACAGUGGGGGAGCAUCGCGAGAGAGAGAAAAAGAGAGAGCGUCUUAACGGUCAAAAACAAAAGAGCGGAGCAGAGAGACCUCCAUUUUGUUGUUGCAGCGCCUCAAAAAACAACAAAGUAUUACAGAAUGACUCAUUGGCGCUGAAAUCCAACCGAGAGAGUCACCACAUCCGACCCACCCUCUGGAAGACAAAGAAGCCGACCGACCAUGUCUGCUCGCUUCGAACCAAAAAGACUGCCCGAAGACGUGGACGAUGGCCUGGAGACGCUGGAAGAGUACACGCAGCGAUGGCGGUCCGUCCGAAUCAUUUACUACACCAUGUUCCUGAUGGCGCUCGGUUUCAGCAUCAUUCUCACCGGCAUAUGGCCCUUCCUUAACAAGCUAGAUCCCGAUGCGGGCAAGGAGUUUAUGGGCCUGAUUGUGGCCGCCAAUCCCCUUGGCCAGAUGAUCUUCAGCCCGAUCUUCGGCUGGUGGGGCAACAGGCUGGGCAAAAUCCGGCUGCCGCUGCUCCUCUCGCUAUCCUUAUUCACGUUGGCCAGUGCGGUGUACUCCUCGCUGGAACUGCGUCCGGAUAAUGUCAAGUACUGGAUGCUGGGCUCACGGUUCCUUAUCGGAGUUAGCUCCGCAAAUAUAGCUCUGUGCCGGUCCUAUUUGUCAGCUGCCACAAGGAUUACUGAACGCACCCACGCCGUUUCCAUGGUGUCUUUGGCCCAGGUCCUUGGAUUUAUUAUUGGUCCGACCCUGCAGGCGGCAGUUACUCCUCUGGGGGAUCAAGGUUACGUCUGGCUGUGGGGCAAGAUGCACUUCAACAUGUACACUGCAUCCGGCUGGAUUAACGUUGGGAUGAGCAUCGGCAACUUUAUGAUGUUCCUUCCCGGCGUGUUUGAGGAACACAAAAUAGCCGCUCGUGAGGUGAUGGUCAUGCAAGGCGGCACUUCGGAGCGAGAGACCUGGAAGGCCAUCAAGCCGAACUAUCUCUCCGCCUGGAUAUUGAUCGUCGCCUUCUUUAUUCUCGUCUUCAACUUUGUGCUACUGGAAACUCUGGGCACUUCCCUGACCAUGGACAUGUUUGCCUGGUCCAAGGCCGACUCCCUUUGGUACAUGGGAAUAAUGAUGACCACGGCAGCCAUUGUGUCCCUGGUCACGUUUGUCCUGAUCUCGCCAUUGUGCAAGCUGAUUGCGGAACGCUACUUGCUUAUCUGGGGUGGAUUCUCGCUCAUGUUCCUCGGCCGAGUCCUCUUCGUGCCCUGGGGUCCGGAUCCGCCCAAGCUGGCACAGGCUUUCAAUGCCAGCCUCAACUUGAGCGACGACGAUCCCCUGUUUUUGGGUUGCCCGCCCACGCAGGAGUGGUGUGGCGAACUGCCAGCUCUGACACUGACGCAGUUCAUCAUUGGCUUUGCCCUUACUUCGGUGGGCUAUCCCAUUGGUGUCACCCUCAUCCAGACCAUCUUCUCAAAGGUGCUGGGACCGCGACCCCAGGGUGUCUGGAUGGGCUGGAUGACUGGCUCUGGCUGUCUGUCACGCGUCCUGGGCCCCGUCUUUGUGGGUUCCAUCUACACCAGACUGGGAACAUAUUGGACCUUCGGGGUGACCUCCUUCAUGAUGCUCGUCUCUAUGUUUUGGCUGCAGUGCAGCAAUCGAUUGCUCAUCCCACCGACUUUCGACAAGGCAACACCCGUAGAGCUGCAAGAACUGAGCAAGCAUAAUGGUGGCAGUAAGGUGGAUGACGACGACGCCGGCGACGACUCACCGGAGGAGUUAGUCUCCAAAGAACAUGGUAGCCACCACUCCCUCUCCCGGCCGUAGCGUCUGGAGAGACUCUAGCUGUAAGACAAAGUUGCACAACUGCCUUAAUCCCUAGCUUUAAAAUACAGGUUUAUUUUUUGCAUA